GCACGUCAAGCUCUAACAAGGCAGAUAAAUUCCAAGCACUAGGCCCAUGGGCAGCACACGACACGCCCCCUCUACUCAGCCCUCCGCGCACAGGCAGCCAUGGUCAAGUCAAGAGAUGACGUUAUCGCGCAGUUCAACGAGGACGUCAACAUGUCCGUCGACGAGCUCCAGCAGUGGCUCGACGACCCAAAAAGCACGAAGGCGGGCACGGGUGUAGGCAUCGAGAGCGGCCACAAGAUCAUAGAGAUAUUGAAGAAGAAUCCGGACAAGGACCCGGAGAAAUACGACGAUGAGGAUAUUGAGCACAUGAGGAAGGUUGUCAGUUACAGUGCGAGACAUCUCGCACAGGAGGACAAGCUCAAGGAGACGAAGACGAAGGAAGAGCUGGAGAACACGAAGAGCACCAUUAGCUUGAGAAACUGGGGCCAUGACCCGAUCAAGACGCUAGACGAGAAUGAGGGCGCUGCGAACGGAGAAGGCACAGACAAAAAUGCUGAGCGGGCAGAACAGGGGAGAGUCAACGGCGCUAAGCAUGACGAGAAAAUCACCGCCAACGGCGAGAAAAAAGCGAACAAGGGCGUAGAGCUAGAGCAGAAAGAGCAGACCCAGGCUAGCUCCAAGCGCAAACUCGGGGAGGGGGGCGGUGAGGCGGAGGUGGCAGAGGAGGCUGCGAAUGAAGAUGGCGGGUAUGAGGAUGAGGAUCCCUCUGACGCAGCAGGAGAGCAAGAGGGUCCUCGGAAGAGGACUAAGACCACAGAGAACGAUACGAAUGGCGAGAAGGCUGACAGUGCGUAGAAUAGUUCCUCGUUGGCCGAGCUGCGAGUGGUUCGUUGAUGCUUUGCUGUGUAAUGGCCGCGGUACGGUACUGAUGACUUUGUGAGUGUAAAGAGGGCAUAUUGAUCCACAGAAUAUAGCAGCCUCAGCAGCGAUGAACGCAUUAGUAACUUUCAGGAAGACACUAGUGACUGGCGGCGGACGAACCGCGUCCUCAAACGCGAC